GAUGGCGGACGCCGUCGCCGACGCUCGUUGUUUCUAAAGCUGGCUGUUCCCUUAAACGCCUUCAAGCCGCGCGCUAUUCAUGAAGACCUACCCACGGAAUCGCUCUUUUGCUCGCUCCUCGACACGUCCUCGAGCCCGGCUGCUGCGAGCAAAAGUGUAUCUUAGUGAAAGAGCCGAUCGAGAUUUUCGGUGAUCGAUCGUGUGCUGUUGACUUGGUUGAGCGCCAUCUUCCUCUCGCUGAUCGAUUGAGAGGGACCGGUCGGAUGUUUUUUUGUUUUGUUUUUUCUCCCAUGAGCAUGCGCAGUGGAAGAAAACUUGCAAUGGCGCUCUUUGACCGCGUGGCUGUGCUCAAACUAAACUUUAAAUUUUUAAUAAUCCAAACCUGGCAAUGCAAUUUAAGUAACAUUCCACAAGGAAAUAGCAAGAUUCAAAAUAACAUGUAAGAUUCAAAACAACAUGUACAGAACAUGAAAAUGAAUGAAUGAAAAUAAAAUAUCAAAUAAAAGUUAGAGGUCUAUUUAGAAAGUAGAAUAUAUUUUUAUAUACAGAACGGGUCAUUUUCAUAUAAUUUGAUCAAUUGCGGUAAAGACGUGGCCCACUCAAUUUCCUUUUGAAAAUCAAUACAUUUUAUUGAUGUGAGCAUUUUGAAUUAUUGGCGGUUGUAAUCCGUGACCAAAAGGUCACAGUUGCUUCUCAAGGAAGAAAAGAAAAAAAAUCUAAAAUAAUACUUUUCAAACUCGUAAUACCAAGCUGUCUUUACCGUUAGGUGUCAGAAAUGAAGUUUCGUGAUCCGUAACAUGUUUUUUUCAUUUUUGGAGAUACCAGAUGUUUACAUACACUUUAAAAAGACACAUGCACUUCUUUUUCCUCUUUGCCUGACAUCUAAUCAGACUAAACAUUUCCCUGUAUUAGGUCAAUUAGGAUCUAGCAUGACUGCAAUUUUCCAAUUAUUUUGAUAAUUAUCUGUCACGUAAAAAGGCGAAGAAAUCACUCAGCAGAUACAUAAUUGGCCCAGAUUUCAUUCUGAGUGGGUACAUUUAAUUGAAGUAAAUUGAGAAGAUAUCAUCCUUAGUUCAGUGGAUAUACGUUUUGUAAUUUUAGUCUAAUGUAAAAUUUGUAUGUGCCUGUGUUCAAAGAGAAGCACUGUUCUGCACUGUGCAAAGGCCAUCUUGAAAAUGCUUUAUUAGGUCAAAAAAAAAAAAUAAUAGUAGUUGCUGUUCCAUUCAAGUCCUGUAGGUGUCAAUGGUGUGCUUUCAAAUUCUCGCCGGAAGAAGAAAUUUCAGACAUCUGUGGACUGUGAACGCUAACGCUCAAAACAACGGCAACAAGAAAACAAUGCACUUUUCGUAAGGCCGCUGAACCGUGUGGCACGGCCGAAUGCGACGCGACUUUUCACGAGUGGCUAGUUUUGCUGCAAUUUAAAAUUGGAAUUGCAGGUGAACAGCAUCGCAACGUCGCAGAUGACAAGGGCCGACGGGAAAUGUCGUGUUGUGUCGCGUAAUCUUUGACCUCUAAAAUGACCUCUCUGAGUACGACGCAAGAUCCUGCUGCUAAGAUGUAGCCUACACUUGGGGGGGAAAAAAGGAUAACAAAGCUGUCACUGGUUCAUUUUUUUUUUUUUUUAAUGCAAAUUGUUGAAAAUGUUUACUUUGCGACUUAAAUAUAUACUUUUUUUGGGGGGAAUUUACUGUAACAUGUACAGCUUGGCACCCGACUGAAAUAUUUAAAGCAAACGAAAUGAAGUUAGCAAGCGCUAACAUUUUGGCUAACACCGGACUUUGGGCGAUUGGCGAGCUGCGCCCUGGACCGCAUGUACGGACAAUUUACAAGCGCCAGCGAAAUUAACAUGCGUGUUUUUUUUUUUUUUUUAGGGAACGUGGGUGGAAACCGAAGUACCUUGAUUCCAACUCGCAACCUCUGACCAUGAGGCAGACGCACUCACCACAUGCCUACAGGCCUAAUAUACAUAAUAAUUCCCUUUGAACCCAAUUUAAAUAAUUACCAUAGAAAUAAAACAUCCUUUGUCGCUUGCAAUCAUUUCGUUAUAUUCCCUGAUUGGACCCCCCCACCCCCACCCCCAGGCUUGUGAGAAGAAUAGAAAUGUAGAGGGGAGGGGAUUUGCUGGAGACGUCACCAAAUAUGCAUUGCUACUUUCUCCCCAUUUUCUGCUCUCUCACUCCCACUCCCUCUCCCUGUCUCUUUCUUCCUCCCGGUGAGCAAGCUGCCCUCCCUCGUCAUCGUCAAGGCAUCAUGGGCACAACAUAAGCGCCUGCAGGCUUUCCACGCAUCAUGGGUUGCUGCCUCUGUAAAAGUCACAAAGAUGUCCGCUGUCCCGUGACGGCGCUCCACGAGAGUCAUCCUGCACUCUCCGCCAAGGAUGAGCAGGCUCCGUCAAACGGCAGAGCAGCAGAUAAAAGCGACCACUACAACAUUGGCGAGCUGGCCACGUCCUCUCUGUUAGGUCUGGUGGCUACGAUAAAGGAGCACAUCACCAAGCCCACGGCCAUGGCUCAAGGGCGAGUAGCUCACCUGAUCGAGUGGAAGGGCUGGGGAGGCGGGCCAGGCGGCGGGGGCUGGAGCGGAGGCUGGGCUCGAGGAGGCGGAAGCUGGGGGCCCCAGGAAGAUGAACAAUUUUACUCCCAAAUGACAGAUGAGAUCAAGGAAGCUCGCUUUGCCGCCGGAGUAGCAGAGCAGUUUGCCUUGGCUGAGGCGGCCAUGAGUGUUUGGCCCGUGAACGACUGCUUCGAGCAACCUUCGACCAGCUCGCAAGGAGCACCGAGGAGCCACCUGUUGUCUUGUUUCCUGCUGGACGACGGAAGCGUCAGCGUGCCCCAGUACCUGCACGGCCUCCGCGCUCAGACACACGGCGGCCUGGUCGCCCCCCGACCUCCGCCGGUGGCCUCCAUUAGACAGCGGGAGAGCAAUUCUCCCAGCGAGGACAAACGCAGCGCGGUCAGCGCAGAGGCGGCCGUGAGACACAUAGACAGCAGCUCGCCGUCCGAGGACGAUGUGUUUUAUAAUUAAACACCUUCGCAUUGCGACUGCGGCGGUGCCUUGCGAUACGAGAUCAUCACUUCACAACAAGCAGCAGUUUGGCAGGGUGGUGAAAAAUCCUUUUAUAAAAAAAAAAAAAAAAAAAAAAAAAAAAAUUCAAUCUGUUAAAUGCCAAUCCCCAGUCGGAGUUUACCGUCAAACUAAACAGAAGAGAAUUACACGUUGUGCGUUGAAAACAACCACAAUCUGUAGCUUUGCCUUUGGAAAGUCCACUUAGCUUAAUGCUAACAAACAAUGCAAAAUGCCAUUGACAGGCUAAUGAAUCACAUCAGUGUUUGACCCGUUCAGCCGAGGAUAUUUGAACACAAACGGUGUAGCAACACAAUGGAGACAGACAAUUUGAUACUCACAGGCAUCUACUCUUUAUCCUCCUCAAAGAAUGACUAAUACAGGUACAUCUUGGUAAAUUUGAAUUGAUGAUUACAGCUUACAGCAAAGUACAAACAAUCAAGAAACAAUGAUGAGCAUUUUCCAUGUGGAAACUAGGCAGGAAUUGUCUCUCUUAAAAGUGUUUCAUGAAUGAAUUAUAUAAUGUUAAUGAAGCUAUAUAAUGUUUGAGUACUGAAAUAAAUGGACUUUUCUACCA